AUGUCUAUGAAGAAAUUAAUGAUUACUUUCAAAUUUCCAGAUUUGAUUCAACCAAUAAGGCUGCAACCCAGCGCGCAUAAGAACAGAGACUACAGCGGUAUCAGGCUGCAGGCCAGCGGGUGGGGCUUGAACUGGACAAAUGGUGUCGGUCCUCAAAAUCUUAAUUGGGUAUAUCUGGUCGGUGAUUCUAAUGAAUUCUGCAAGAUUGCCUAUAGUAACAGCAGCGUAAUCGCAGAUACUACAAUCUGCGCAAGCGCAUACAAUGUGUCUUCCCAGUCCACUUGCCAGGGUGAUAGUGGUGGUCCUCUUGUGAUUGAAGAUGUAGAUGGAAAACCUACUCAAGUCGGCGUCACCUCCUUCGUUUCCAGAACUGGUUGCCACACAGAUUUCCCGGCUGGUUUCGUUCGUCCCGGUCAUUACUUCGAUUGGUUCUACGAAAUAACCGGAAUUGACUUUGACUGGGAUCCUGAAUCCUUAGAGGCAUCAUCAUCUAGCGAGUCUCAUGAAGACAACGUAGAGACAGAAGAAGAGAAAGAGGAAGAGAAAGAGGAAGACGAAGACGUAGAAGAAGAAAAGGAGGAAGAAAAUGAAGAAGAUAAUUAU